AUGCCUGCGGCUUUCAGCCACAUGACCAGUGCGUCUGCGGGCGAGAUAGCAGCAUGUUUGGUUCGUGUACCUGCGGAGGUCGUGAAGCAGCGCACUCAAGCGGGCGUUUUGGGCCCGAAAACGUCGUCAUGGGCCAACUUGCAGUAUUUGCUUCAGAACAAGUCUGGCGAAGGUGUCUUGCGUGGGCUCUAUCGAGGAUGGAACACGACUAUCAUGCGGGAGAUUCCGUUCACGAUGAUCCAGUUCCCGUUGUAUGAGCAGCUCAAGAAAACGUGGUCUGCGUACGACAAGACAGAAAUCUCCCUCUUGAAGGGCGCGAUUUGCGGCUCUAUCGCCGGUGGAAUUGCUGCUGCAGCUACGACUCCCUUAGAUGUUGUGAAGACACGCAUCAUGCUUCACAAAGAACGCAUUGGUGUUGUGCCGUUGGUGCGGCAGAUUUUACACGAAGAGGGACCUCUGGUGUUCUUGAACGGAAUUGGCCCUAGAACGGCUUGGAUUAGCGCAGGAGGCGCCAUAUUCUUGGGCUGUUAUGAGCUUGUGCAUACCAACUUAGAGACAUAUGCGGCAAAAGAACGUUUGCAUGAAUAA